AUUGUAGGUUUCCCUGGCUAUAAGUAGUGGCGAUGGAACGAGAGCGCGGUUUUCCAAUCCGAUCUCCGGGUGCUUGCAGUCUCGAGGCGGCAGGGAAGAAAGCAAGUCCAUCGAUGCCGUCCGAGUUCGAGAACUAGCAGCAGCAGCAGCUCGAGGAGGCGGUGUGGUGCAUUCGGUGCUGCUGCCGGGGCGGGGCGGGGCAGCGGGCGAUCCUCGAAUGGUGAAGACGAGAUGCGACGUCGGGCUCCGAGAGAAUCCGAGGGACGUGCAGCUGGCACGAAUUUCAUCCCGAGGCAGCGAGUGCAUCUUUGCGUGAGCGGGCAGCAGCUGCUGAGGUCGAGGUCGAGGUCGAGGUUGAGGGUGAGGGUGAGAUGGAUGCCCCGUCAGGGUCGGUGGUGGUGAAAUUGGACCUCGAGGCGCAGAUGCAAGCGCAGGCUGUGUGGCUGCAAUUCUCGUGAAGCACGGAGGGAGACCUUCAAAGAGCAGAGCAGAGCAGAGCUGAGCUCUGUCGACCUUUCGAGAUUUGUGAGGAAGAGGAAGAGGAAGGAGGCAGGAAUCAUGUCGUCGCCGAGCAAGAGGCGAGAUAUGGACGUGAUGAAGCUGAUGAUGAGCGAUUACAAAGUGGAGCUAGUGAACGAUGGAAUGAGCGAGUUUCAUGUGGAGUUUCACGGGCCCAAGGACAGCCCGUACCAGGAAGGGGUGUGGAAGGUGCACGUCGAGCUGCAGGAGAGCUAUCCUUACAAGGCGCCCGUGAUCAACUUCGCCAACCGAAUCUUCCACCCUAACAUCGACGAGAUGUCGGGCUCCGUGUGCCUGGACGUGAUCGACCAGACCUGGAGCCCGAUGUUCGCUCUGAUCAAUGUGUUCGAGGUGUUCCUGCCGCAGCUGCUGCUGUACCCGAACCCCGGCCACCCUCUGAACGGCGAGGCCGCCCUGCUCAUGAACAAGGACCGCGACAAGUACGAGCAGAAAGUGAAGGAGCACUGUCAGAAAUACGCCCGCCCCGAGGACGUGGGCAUUCGCCCUGACAACGCAAGCAGCGACGACGAGCUCAGCGACCAGGACAUGUCCAGCGAUGACGACCACCACCACGCGGAGAUGGCUCAUGCUGACCCUUGACUCGACUCGAAUCCGGCAUCAUCCCAAGCAGUGCAGUGCGUGCGGUUUCUGACCCCCUGACCAUUUCGUACCGAUUCAAUUGAGCGAACUAAUGUCGGACUGAUGAAGAAGGAGAAACAUUAGAGUGUGUGAUGAAGGUAGAGGUCGAAGAGCACGAGCUGACUGACCGAUGGAACACAUCAACUCGAUGUUGUCGAGCUAAAUGCUGGACUUCAUCCUUGUUCAUAAGAAGAUCUUCUAACAGCCGCUGCUGCUGCUCGUAACCUCGAGUGUAUCAUCCAUCAUCCCUGGCAGGCCGCUGGCUGCAUGUUGCUUUUCCACUUCUUAAAUGUAGACCCUGCAUUCCACAGGUGGGUCGCUCUCUGCAGCUCACUGCAGACGAAGACAGUGAGUGAGGCUCUGCACCAUCUAUGUGGAUUAGGACUUCGUUGUUCUGUGUGAGGAGUGUGAGGGAAUUGAUCUCGAGGAGAAUUGGUCUGCCACUGGCCGAUCGAAGGGUUGUCUCACGGGAGGUGACAUUUGGUCCUUGGGAUGUCGUUGGAGUUGUGGUUUCGACGUAAGGUUGGCAUUUGUCCGCCGAUUAGAAUAAGCCGUUAGUGUCUGUAGCCCCGGAGAGUGUCGAUUGUCGAUAGUCAGCCGUCCAUUCUGCUAUUGGUUAGUUGUAAAUAUCAUCAACUUCGAGACUCUUUGUCCCCCAGUACAAGUACCUACACGAAGUUGAAAUUCAUCAUUCUCCUACCGAGUUGUAAUUACUGAGCUUUACCGAUGUGCUGUCAUCAGAGGAAAGCGAUGCUUCCCUCAUGUAUUGUGAGGAUCCAUCCUGCAAACAGGUAAAAGGAGGUACAUCUUUUUUGACAUGUAUAAAGAAUUCACAGGGUGUUCUCUGUCACAGCGUGCUGUGAAAAGAACUCCUCUGAAAUACUCACGACGACGAGUUUAAACCC